AUGAUGUUGGAGGGAAAAGACAGGGUUCCAUUGUGGCAAGGAUUGUACUUGGUUGUGUAUAAGGAUGAUUUGAAGGACCUACUUACAAAAGAUGCAGUUACUGAUUCAUUUGCGAAGAUUUUACAAACUGAGAGAAGCAAUGAUCCAGCAGUGAGGACUAAAUCGCAUAUGAUGACAACGUUUUGGUGGGUAUGUUUACAAAGAUGA